ACCAUAAUAUUAGUCAUCGCGAAGACGUCACGACGUCAAGUCGUAUAAUUCUAUUAAAUAUGUGUAGUGAAUAAAAUUAACAAUAAUGUGUUCGAAGUUAAUAAAGUAUUGUGUAUUUUUAACAAUUUUUACAAUAUGUGUUAAGUGUGUUAAUAAUACGCCUGUUCACGCUUAUCGGCCACCGGAAUACGAAGAGUAUUUUUGUGAGAACAACACACAGAUCAAAUCAAGUUUUUUCCCAGGACUAUCUUCUGGGUAUAGAGUUGUAAUAGAUAAACAAUUGGAAGCGGCAACGGAGAUCAAAGUGAAGUUAGAUUCUGGUGCAACCAUUGUAUUUGGCGACAGCAUAUACAGUCCAACGAAUUCUGCAAAAUUUACUGAAAAAGAUCUUAUCUCUAAUAUUUAUGGUUUUGUAAUACGUAAAGAUGUGCCUAAUUUUACAUUCGUAGUAAAGGGAAGACACGCUCCAGAACAUCCGCCUUAUAUACUAAGUCUUAAAAUUGAUGGAGAAGAAAAUUGUAUUAAUCCUAAUAGGACUUAUUUUGGAAACAGACAUCUAGAAAUUGAUCCAUUUUGGCCUGAAGCUCCUGACAAGUUUUGUGGCAGACGGAAGAUCAACAGAAAAUAUACCGAAUUGAUUGUCAGCGGUUCUGCUUCGAAGAGCGGUAAUUGGCCCUGGCAUGCUGCUAUCUACAGAAACCAUAGACUAAGUGUACAGUACAUCUGUGGAGGGUCUCUGAUAUCAAAACUUCUGGUUCUAACAGCUGCACAUUGUGUAACAAUCAACGAAGUACCAGUAAAUCAUGAAUCCCUUGGAGUUGUUCUUGGAAAAACAUCUCUCCUCACUAACGAAAUAACUAGCCAAGAAAGAAAGGUUUACCAAGUUAUUGUUCACGAUGACUUUAAAAAGAAAGCGUUGGACAAUGACAUAGCUUUACUAAAAUUGAGUGCUGAGGCUAUAUUCAAUAACUACGUUCAGCCAGCCUGUCUGUGGCUAGACGCUGUGUACGAUCAACUGGAUUCUUAUGAAGUAACAGGAACGGUAGUAGGAUGGGGUAUUGACCAAUCAGAUUCUUUGUCAAAUGACCUUCACGAAGCAACGAUACCAACAGUUCCAACUUUAACUUGCAUUUUAUAUGAUCCUAUUUUCUACAGCAACAUACUGAACGAGAAAAAAUUCUGCGCUGGAAAUGCCAACGGAACUGCUGCGUGUAACGGAGACAGUGGAGGAGGUUUUGUCGUAUUCGUUACUGAUACUAAGGAUUCUUCCUAUAAAAUCGACUAUCAAACUGGAGCGUGGUACGUGAAGGGUAUCGUGUCGGUCACCUUAGCCAGAAAAGAUUCGUCAAUAUGUGAACCAAACGCGUACACCGUUUACACAGAUGUAGCAAAAUACAGGGACUGGAUCCUGAAGUAUAUGUGAUAAAAUGCAAUAUUGUAUAAAUAUUUUAUAAUAUCGUAUACCUAAAGUUUUUAUUUAUUUCCUUUUUUAAACAUUUUACAAGUCCCAUA